AUGAUGCGUAACACUGAAUUGGAUAUAGCACCUCGGGAAUGCACACUGUAUAGGGCUGACCAGGUUUGUGACAUACAGGUGCUGUGCCGUCUCUCAAUGUUAAUUUACAGGCGUGCGUUAAGAUAUGGUGUUGAUGUGCACAUGGAUGCGCGCGUUAUAGUUGAGGCAGUGUUCCGAACCGUGUUAAAGCCAGAUAUGCAUUUACUCAAAAGCAGAUAUAUACGGCACGCGCCGCUGCUGCGUCACCUGGCGGACGACUUGUUCAGUAGGACGCUGCCCAGCCUGCGUACACUGCGAAUCGUGCACACUGGCCUCGAGGACAUCCCGCGCCUGCACCGUCUCAGGACGAACUCCAUCCUGCACAUGGUGGACCUGGACAACAACAUGAUCACCAGGAUACCGUCUUCCGCUGUCAGAGUGCGCUCGGAGCAGUUUUUGCUAAACUACAACCUGAUUGAGGAAAUCCACGAGAACGCUUUCAAUGGUUCGGAGAUAGCCGAACUCAGCCUGAAGGGAAACCGCAGGCUGAGGCACAUCCACCCAAAGGCGUUCGUCGGUCUGAGAAGCCUCAGAAUUCUGGACGUGUCGCGGACAGCCAUCGGGUCGCUGCCCACAGUCGGGCUACGAGAGCUGGAGGUGCUGCGCCUGCAGGACACCGACACCCUCAAGGUCAUCCCCUCCAUCUUCAACUUUGAGCACUUGCGAGAGGCGUGGCUGACGUACCCGUACCACUGCUGCGCAUUCCAGUUCCCGGCCGCCCACGACCCCGCAGAGUUCGCCAAGCGGCAGCGGUGGCUGUCGGAGGUGCACGCCAACUACUGCGGCCGGCAGCAGCAGCAGCAGCAGCAGCUGGGCGACGACGAGCUGCACAUGAAGGUGUCGGUGUCGCGGGCGCGCCGCAGCCGCGACCACUACGCCCACGAUCGCGAGCGCGAGCGCGAGCAGUUCGGCCGCGUCGUCUUCUCGCCCGACAACUCCAGCUCCGUGUGGCCGAAGGAGCCCGACUGGGGCGCCCUCGCCGCCGCCGCCAACUCCGCCAGCGGCCGCCUCGCCGGCGAGCUCUUCCACCAGGAGGUCAGCGUCCAGCCGCGCCUCGCCGACGCCUACUGCACCGGCGGCAACGUCUCCACCAGGAAGACCGGCCAGGUCAGUCAGUGCUCUCUGUACCUAUACCUACUGUCCGCUGCUGCUGCCGGGGAAAAAGCACGUGGCAGUGACUCGGCAGUCAGUCAGGUGCGGUGCCAGCCGUCGCCGGACGCGUUCAGCCCGUGCGAGGAUCUGCUGGGCAACUGGGCGCUGCGCGGCGCCGCCUGGGCCGUGGGGCUGGCGGCGUUGCUAGGCAACCUGGCCGUGCUCGCCGUACUGCUGGCGGCGCGCUUCCGUCUCAGCGUGCCGAAGCUGCUCAUGUGCAACCUCGCGCUCGCCGACCUCUGCAUGGGCCUCUACCUGCUCAUGCUCGCCGCCGUCGACGCGCGCUCCCUCGGGCAGUACUUCAACUACGCCAUCGACUGGCAGAAAGGUAAGCGGCAGCGCGAGCUUCUGCCACCUGCACUGCGGUCGCACCAGCAACUUGAUGCUAACAUAAACGUUUACAGAGAACUGUCGUAA